CUUUUGUACUUUACUUUUCAAGAGAAAGAAAAUGCGUCUUUUGGCUACUUGUCUCUUGGCAGCAGCUACUACUAGCUUAACUCAAGCUGCUCGUGUUGUUCAUGACUGGAACAUUACUUAUACCACUGCUAACCCUGAUGGUCUCUUUGAGCGUAAAGUAGUUGGUGUUAACGGUAAAUGGCCUCUUCCUGUUGUUGAAGCUAUGGUCAAUGAUACGAUCGUUGUCAACAUCAACAAUCAACUCGACACUUUCACCUCUCUCCAUACACACGGUAUCUUUCAAAAUGGCACUGUCUGGAUGGAUGGUCCUAUUGGUGUUACUCAAUGUCCUAUCGCUCCUGGUCACAACUUGACCUAUGAGUUCACUGUUCAACAACAUGGUAGUUACUGGAUGCACUCUCACUAUAUGGGCCAAUACACGGAUGGCUUCCGCACCCCUUUCAUUAUUCACAACAUUAAUGAAACUUACAAGUAUGAUGAAGAUAUUACUAUCCCUAUCCAAGAUUGGUAUCACGAGCAAAGCGAUACAAAUCUUGCUUCCUUCAUGAGUGUCUACAACCCUACUGGUGCUGAGCCUGUACCUCAAUCCGGAUUCAUGUUAAACAGUGUCAAUGACAGCAUCACAUUUACUCCUGGCAAGACUUACCGUCUUCGUCUUAUCAAUAUGUCUGGCUUUUCCAUGUUCUACUUUAGCAUUGAUGGCCAUUCCUUGGACAUUAUUGAAAUUGAUGGUGUCGAAACCCAACGCAAGACUGUUCAAAGUGUUUAUUUGACUGCUGCUCAACGUGUCUCUGUCCUUGUUACUGCCAAAAACACGACCGACACCAACUACUGGAUGCAUGCUGAUAUGAACGUCGACAUGUUUGAUACUCUUCCUGCUGAUCUCAAAGUGAACAUUACUGCUCCUCUCUAUUACAAUGCUAGUCACAAUAACUUUGCUCCCAGUGAGGAUGUGGGCAUGGGCAGCACAUUUGAUGACAUGGUACUUUCUCCUGUUGUUGUCGAACAUGCCGUUCCCUAUGAUCAUCAAGUCAACUUGACCAUUGACUUCCAAGUCACCACGGAUGGUAUUAACCGUGGUAUGUUCAAUGAAGUUCCUUAUUUACAACCCAAGGUCCCUACUUUGAACACUUUGUUCUCUGAAGGAAACUACUCACUUGAUACUACCGUUUAUGGUCCUCAAACCCAAGCUUUCAUCUUGAAGCAUUUGGAUAUGGUUGAAGUUGUCUUGAACAACCUUGACGCUGGUGAUCACCCAUUCCAUCUUCACGGUCACGUUUUCCAAUUAGUCGGCCGUGGUUCUGGCGUCUACACGGGCAACUCUAGUCAAGUCGAAUGGCACUUGGACAACCCCUCUCGUCGUGAUACUGUCAGUGUGCCCGCCGAAAGUUUUGUCAUCAUCCGUUUCAGAGCCGAUAAUCCUGGUGUCUGGUUCUUCCACUGUCACAUCGAAUGGCACUUGGAAUCUGGUCUUGCCGCUACCUUUAUUGAGGCUCCUGACGUUGCUCAGCAACGUAUGAAGUUACCUCAGUCCUUCAUUGACACCUGUAAGGCUGCUAACCUUCCUUAUGAAGGUAACGCUGCUGCUAAACAAGGACUUGAUCUUAAGGGUGCUCCUGAUGGUAUCUAUCUCAUCUAUGAUGGUUUCACUGCCAAGGGUAAAGGUGCUAUGGCUGGCUGUAUUAUUGCUGCUUUAAUCGGUAUGGCUUCCAUCAUCGUCUACUCUCGUGUUGAUCCUCAUAAGGAAGCUCGUGCUAUUGCCGCUGCCAAGAAGGCUGCUGCUCUUUAAUCUUUCAUGUACACAUUUUUUCUCUUUAGAUCAUAUUAUUACAUAUAAUUUUUCAUUUUUUUUUAUUCUUAUCCCCCCUCUGUUUUAGUAUAUAUAUAAAUUUACUAAUAUUUUAAUCUUCAUUUUCUCUUGUACUAGAAAUAAGCCGGUA